AUGGCCUCUUACCGCAUCCCCAAGCCCUGGGUGUCCCUUCCUUACACCUGUAGCCUCCCACGGUCCGAUGGGCAGCUCCACAGGUGCACCCCCCACAACUGGCCACAGCCCCGCCAGAACGUGGGGGGUUCCCUGUGCAAUGAGGGUCGCCCCCCACUCCGCCUGGCUCCCCAACCUCCCAAGCUCAGCGGCCCCCCCAGCCCCGCCUGGUCCCGCAGCCAAGCUCAGCGGCCCCCCACCCCGCCUGGUCCCGCAGCCAAGCUCAGCGGCCCCCCACCCCGCCUGGUCCCGCAGCCAAGCUCAGCGCCCCCCCACCCCGCCUGGUCCCGCAGCCAAGCUCAGCGCCCCCCCACCCCGCCUGGCCCCGCAGCCAAGCUCAGCGAACCCCAACCCCGCCUGGCCCCGCAGCCAAGCUCAGCGGCCCCCCACCCCGCCUGGUCCCGCAGCCAAGCUCAGCGCCCCCCCACCCCGCCUGGUCCCGCAGCCAAGCUCAGCGAACCCCCACCCCGCCUGGCCCCGCAGCCAAGCUCAGCGAACCCCAACCCCGCCUGGCCCCGCAGCCAAGCUCAGCGGCCCCCCACCCCGCCUGGUCCCGCAGCCAAGCUCAGCGGCCCCCCACCCCGCCUGGUCCCGCAGCCAAGCUCAGCGGCCCCCCACCCCGCCUGGUCCCGCAGCCAAGCUCAGCGGCCCCCCAGCCCCGCCUGGUCCCGCAGCCAAGCUCAGCGGACCCCCCACCCCUGCCUGGUCCCGCAGCCAAGCUCAGCGGACCCCCCACCCCGCCUGGUCCCGCAGCCAAGCUCAGCGUCCCCCCACCCCGCCUGGUCCGCAGCCAAGCUCAGCGGCCCCCCACCCCCGCCUGGUCCCGCAGCCAAGCUCAGCGCCCCCCACCCCGCCUGGUCCCGCAGCCCCCACUAG